AUGGCCACCGCGGGCCAGUUCGGCGAGAUACCUUUGGAAUACACCUACUGGACUCCCAUCGAAACGGGCAUACCGGCUCCCGGGCCUGUCUAUCUGCCCCCUCCGGAGUUUAUCGGGGUAUUCCUGCCCCCGCCGGUCCCCGUCCUGGAAGUUCCAGACCCGCUAGCUCCGUACGCCGUUGACGCGGCGGCGAGUGCCGCCCGACUUCAGAAGCUCCUCCGGCUUCCCCCGUCGUACCCGUGGACUCCUGGUCCCACACUUCCCACUGAUGACGUGGCAUAUGGCCGCGGGUUCGGCUACACAACGCCACCGCUGCCACUGUGGAUAAAGCCAGCCUUCGUCUAUGGCCCUGCUCCGAACGUGUACGUGCCACGCCCAACCCUGGAGCCAGUCGUCCCUGCAACCACAAUGGCACCUUUCACAACCCCUGCUUGGAACCCGCCACCACCGGUGCGACGUCGCGCACCACAGUUCCGGAAUGGAAAUGGUCCAACGCCUCCGCCAGCAGGCGGACGACGUACCCGGGAGUCCCCGGGCGUGCGGCCCCCGUCCGCACCAAGCGAGACAACCGAGACAGCAGUCGGAGCCAGCGACUCCCGCGAAUUCUCGCCAGACCUACCGGCUGAACCGGAUUCGGAUAUCGCUGACCAGCUUUUGCAGAAGAAAAAAGAGUGCGAGUCGAAGGCCGAGCCGGCAGACGACACCGCUGAACCGGAAAAGGAAGCGGCAGAGAAGCCGAGCACGAGCCAGGCCAGCAACGAUCCAGGCGACAACGCCGUACGCCCGAAGCUUACCCGCGUCUAUAGUGCCGCUACACUGAAGAGUCUGAACGUCGGAGGACGCGGGCAUGGCUCACAGAUUGGGGAAAGGGGCAAGGCCGCCCAAUCAGAGCCACGCAUCGAGUACUGCUGGCCCGAUGAAACUCCUUGCAAGGAAAAAGAGGAGCCCGUGGCCCCAGCUUACCUGCGCGCCGCCAGGAGCAACGCUCAGGCGAAGCCGACUGUGCCGCCACGUGCCAAGUCGAGCAUGCAGGACGGCCGUAAGCAGGGCUCGCCACGUGACCGUGGUCCGCGACGCCGCAACUCGGUAACUGCCUGGUGA